AGGUGCUGACCGUGAGGUUACUGUAACAGUAAAUAUUGAAGAUAGUUGUUUUCUGCCGUGCUCUCCGUUCGAGGAUCUAGAAAAUAUAACUAUCGAUUGGUACCGCUGCUCGCCCGAGAACGGGCCUUGUGAUAAACACUGGAACCACAUCCCGAUAGUGCAUGUUAAAAAUAUGACACAGAAAAAUUUUUAUUACCCAAACCUUGACAUUUACCCCAACGGAACCUUAGUUAUCAAGAAGUUACUACCUAUGGAUGAUGGAGUAAAGUUUAUCUGUUCUGCCACGAAGGAUUAUGUUGGGAGAAAAACGUUGAUCACGAUCCUCAAUAUUACCAAAGGUGAUGUUUAUAGAAGUGUUAUAUAAUGAUGAUAAUAGUAAUAAUAAUGAUAAUGUAUUCAUGGUAAUAACAAUGGGAAUUUAGCAGUGGGCAAUCCACGUGGUGGCUUUUGUUGUCCACGGUUUCCAGGUCGAAAUGGAAUUUGGAAUGUUGUUUUACUGGGAGGGGAAGGAUAGUUGGAGAACCUUGUAAAAAAAAAAAAAAAAACGUAGUAAGGAUGAGAAGCAACAGAAACUCCCUUGUAACGCCAGGGGACCGUUUAUCGAGAGUCCUAGUAACUUAUCGUGCCCUUAAAAGAUUCUGUUUUUAUACACAUUGGGAGUUUCAACGGUUUUGAAACAAGUUUACAAAAAGACUGUCAGCGCAAAAAGCAAAUUGAAUUGGUAAGUGUACCAGAACCGCUUCUCUGUUCUUUAAAUUUUGAUAUUAAAAUAUGGCUUUUAGGCCUUAAACUUUGCAAGACAUUUUGGAAAGAGGCGCCAGGUCCAGGAAGUAAUUACGGGCCACAGUGAUGGGAGGCGAAGGCUCCCACUACUGUGCAAGCGCCAUCCUUACUCCGCACUUUCGUUUAGUUAAUCGUAUCACUUUGGACACUGUUUCUUUGCAGCUUUACUUUUUUUUUUACUUUUACUUUUUUUUUAGCUGAAGGAAUGUAAAUUUUGAUUUUUUUUAGGACCCCCAGAAUUAAUACCACUGUGUCCUCCAGUGAUUCAUGUCAUUGAAGGAAUGGAUCUUCAUAUAGAUGCAACAGUGCAUGGCUAUCCUUACCCUUGGGUAACCUGGAGCCAUAAUAAAGUUCUCAUAGGGAAUAAAUCGAUUGAAAAUAACGAAACAAGUCAUAUCAUUCGCAAUGUUACCGUAUAUGAAGGCGGAAGUUACUCCUGUUUCGCCAACAAUCGAUAUGGAGCUGUUUUGUUUACCGUAAACGUUUAUGUUCAAGGUAUUGAUUUCAUUCGCAUUUAGGCAAGCUUCGUUAGAGUAGAUGUAGCCUGUCAGGAAAGAGAAACAAAGGAAGUUUGCUGUUUUUGAUAUAUUGUUAUUAUUAUUAAUUUUUUUCAUUGUUCUUCGUGCUGUUACUUUUGUUUUGUUUUUGUUUUGUUUUUGUUUUGCUCGUUUGUUUUCCCUAAUGUUCUUCUUUUUUCGUAAAAUAGGUUGUGGAUAUUUAUCGUGGUGACUAACAAUAAAAGUUAAGUUUUUCGUUUGUCUCAGGAUGUAGUCCCGUGUGAUGUAGAUCGCAACGUUUCGACUACAUACUGCUAGUCUUCUUCAAGCGAUGAGGUCGACUGGUCAUGCGUGAUUGAUCAUGCGACCUCAUCUCCUGAAGAAGACUAGCAGUAUGCAGUAUCUACAUCACACAUGACUACAUCGUGAGACAAGCAAAAAACUUAGCUUUUAUUCUUCUUUUUUGCUUUGGUUUAAUUAUUUUUUCUAUCUAAACCUGCUGUUUUAGAGAAAGGUUGCACACCUGCUCAGAUGGUUCUAGAUUUUUCUCCUCUGCAUCCAAGUCAGAAGGUGAUGACGACCGUAGCAUCAAGUAAGUUCUCCCGCUCUUUAAUCUUUCCAGAUGACCCAAAUCAAGGUUCCGAGGACCCCUCAGGCUCCACGUUGUAAACCAGCAUCCGGAUACGUUUUUUUUUCUCCCGAAGAGGGACUUGUCUUCAUCAAUUUGCUUAAAAUCAAUCAAUUGCUAAAUGUGAUCACGUUCGAAGAAACUCGAAGAAUAUGGAGUCUUCGCUAAAAAUCCAUUUUGAGUUGGAUGUCGUAUUUGUGCUCUUAGAGAAUGCUAUCUUUGGAGUAAACUCAGCCCGUAGCAAUGUAUCCGAUAUCUUUUUUUAGUUUUCAACCACGUAAUUUAAUUCUUUUAAAGCUUUCUGUAAAUUGCUGAAUUUAUUUCUGUUUCCCGCGUAUUGAUGACAAAAAGUCAUGAAUGGGAAAUAUACAGUAAUUACAAGAUUAACCUGAAAAAAGGAGAAUUCAAGAAACGUUGAAAAGAACAAAAAUUGGAGCAUAACAAAACAACCACCAUGGUUGAAAAAUUUAUCAAUAUACAGUUUAAGUCAACCACGGCAUUCGAUAGCAAUACACAGACCGGGUGCAGCGAGGUCCGUACAAAAACGACCGCGGGGCAAUAUUCCUUAGUGCGAGUCGAGCAAGUAAGGUUAGUAAGAAGUUUAUUAUGUGACAUUCAGCCCAAAAUUUUUUAUUUAAAUUGCUGGCUUUUGAGAUAGAAAAUACACAGGUUAUGACUCUUUCUGUGGAAACAGUUCCUAUGAUAAAAUCCCAACUAAUUUCGAACUCAUCAGAACGCUUAGGUUCACCUAAGGCCUACGUUGCCAUAAAAUACAAUUUUAGUUUAUCCAAACUCUACCAUCUUCGCUAACAUCAGGCAAGUGCAAUAUGUCCUAUUUCAAUUUUCUGAAUGUCGGUUUCGAGCAAAUUUUAAACUGUGUCCAAACUUAUUUAAGAUUGCAUUGAUUUUUAUCAAUUCUUUUUUUCCCCACAAUCAAGAAGUUAUUUAAUUUGUUACUCUGUUUCUACCCUCAGGUAUCCCAAGUCCACCAUCUUCACCAACUCCAGGUGGGUAAAAUUUGUUAUGUUUCAAUGUUCUCAACGUCAGUUUUGGAUCAAAUUUUAAACUGUAUCCAAACAUAUAUAGAAUUACAUUGAUUUUUAUCAAUCCUUUUUUUUUCACAAUUAAGCAGUUAUUUACUUUGCUACUCUGUUUCUACCCACAGAUAUCCAAACUCUACCACCUUCACCAACACCAGGUAGGUAAAAUUUUUUAUGUUUCAAUUUUCUCAAUGUCAGUUUUGGAGCAAAUUUUAAACUGUGUCCAAACCUAUAUAGGAUUGCAUUGAUUUUUAUCAAUCCUUUUCUUCUUCAUCCUUUUUGUUGUUGAAUUUUAUCGAGAAAGCCUUGAAUGAAGAAUUACUUAACUUAACAGACUGGUGCUGAGCCAAUAGCUUUCGAUAAAUAUAAUUAAAUCAAAUUUCAUGGUUUUCAAACCAAGACAGAAAAGGGAAAAACUUAACGUUAAACUAGAGAUUAACCAAUGUACAAUUAACCAAGAGUCUUCUAUUGUUUUUUGAAUUGGAUAUCCACGGUCUACAUGAAACUUUCAUUUUAGGCGUUGUAUGGUGCUUUGACAACCUCUUUGUCAUAUUCAUAUGUAGGUGCCGCUCUGAAUAACGAUGGCUAUUUCCACAUUUUAUGUUUAACUCCCUAUCAACAUCUGUUUAUAAUACGCACACUAAGCUCCUCGCGCUUUCCCUCGUCAGGGUUUUUGUGCUUUUUCUUUUUGUGUGUAUGUGUGUGUGUGUGUUUUAUUUUUUUUUAUUAUUAUUUUUUUUUACCGUCCCUCAAUGGGAGGAUAGAAAAUUUAAUUUUUUUGAUAUUAUUAUUUUUGCCUUUUUAGAGACCCAAAGUCCCUCAGGUUCACCUCCCCCAAGUAAGUAUACCUCUGUUGCUUUUCUUUUCUUUAAAUGAGUUGCUCUUCUGGUUCUAUUAGUCCAGCAUGUUAUAGCAACAACGUGGAUAUUCCAGGCCUUUUGAGCCCGCGAUCACCUCACCUCCAGGUAUAAACACCGUUGUCACUUAGAGAGGAUCACUGCUUAAGCUUUCAAAAGGUUCUUUUUGUUGUUGAUCUUGUUUUUUUGUUAGCUAAGAUGCAAUAAGACAUCUUUUCUGAAGGUACGUGGCCAGAGAGAGUGGUGUAAUUGGUUUCUUUGUUUCUAUGUUAGCUUUUUUAUCAUGAAGAAAAGAAAGAAAAAGGCGAAAACUCGAUCGUUAUCUUUGCGAAUUUAACCAUUAUAGCUGAUUUCAGAUGUUUCAACUGCUUUGGGUUUCUAUCCAACUGUUCAUUUUUUACCAACAUUACUCUUUUUUCCCCAUGAUACUAUUUUGCAUAAAACUGAGGUUAUUUCACUCUUACAACAAGGAAAAUAGAGCCAUAGCGAUUUGUGUAACAAAUACUUAAAUCAGUAACAGCUUUCAGGAAGAGAAAGUUAAUUUCUGUAACUAGCAGGAUUCAUCCUGUGGAUGUUUAGCUAUGUGAAAAAACAUUUUCCCAGAUUAAAUCCCGUACGAGUAGAGCACACAUGUUCCUUCCCUAUUCACACAAAACGUUAAGCCACAAUAAAAUGUUAGCUAUUCAAUAUGUAAUAUAUUUGGAAUUUCUGUGAUCCACAGCGUUAAAUAGUGUAUCUACGGCCAACUGUGAAUGCCCUUACUGGCUAAUCUAUGUCUUGGCUGCAUGUCUCGUAAUUGCUGUUGUGAUCAUUGCCUGUUUGGGGGUGAAGAGGCAUAUUGGGAGCAGCCAAGGUCAUCGCGAUGAAAGUCACCUUCAAAAUGCUGGUUUUGAAUUAGAAAGGAGGGAUGACAAUCAACCUGCCAAUCAACCACUGAAUUUAACCUAGAAUGUAUUCCAAAGAAAGAGAAGAGAGCGGAGCAGAGGCAAAUGAUGUACUGAAAGUCUAAACAUUUGUCUUUCCACCAGUACGUAAAUUCACCAUAUUAGGGCAAUGGAACGCGCAAAAAAUGCCACGGUAUUUGUAACUGCUGUCUGCCGGGUUGGGUAUUAUCUAAAAUUAUAUAUUAGUGACGUUUUCAGAUCAUAUUUCUGAACCUCGUGCUUUGUGGCUAUAUCGCGUUGUUGUGUUGCGAAUCGAACGUUUUUUGAGUCGUCACUAUUAUGCGAGUUUCACUGUGUUCAGCCCCUAUUAUUCGUAGGCGUAUGGAGAGAACAAUUGGUAAGCAUAGCUUUGUAUUCCUUAAGUCACCAGGAACAUAUAAAUGGUUUCUUUUGUAUUGUUUUAUUCUUCCGCGUGUUCCUUGAUCAGUACGAUGUUCAGACUAGACCGUACGAAGAUUUUAAACCUAGAAGCCAAAGGACGUCCUUUCUUCGAUGGUUUAACAAAUAAUGCGAGCUGAUAUUUUGCUCAUUGCUCGUAAUUUUCAUCGCCCCUACGGGCUCAGAAAAAUGCCACAUAACUCGCAAAAUAUCUGCGCGUAUUAUAUGUUAAACCAUCGAAUGAGGUGUAUAUAUUGACUUUUUGGGGCCCUAGAGCAGGCUUUACAUCAAAAUAUCACGGUUUUUAGUGUGGUUUUCACUACCCUUCCAAUGUAGAUGGAAGGAAAAUUUAAAUAAUAGAACAAGUUAGCUUAAAAUAUCCUACUACGUAAUCCUCAUUAAUUUUAAUGUGGUAGUCGCCGACUUGGAAGUUUUUGCCCCAUUGGCCACUGAUCACUUUGCUCUUACGGGGGUCGUAGCCGGAAUUUUUGAAGGGAAGUGGGGGGUUCACACGGUGUCAAACAGAGGAUUCUCACCAGUUUUCGCCAGCUUAAUAUUAAUAUUAAUAUUAACCCUCCCCCUCCUUCCCACAGCUAUGCCCCAGUCUCACUGUCUUAUUAAGGUAAUUUGUUAUUUUCUUACUUUGUAUUUUUCUUUAUUUCUUUUUGUUUAAUAAUUGAGAUUUAUUUUGCUAAAAUAAGUGUAAUUAAAUAAAAAUUCACUACUGUCAGAGUAGGUGUGCAUUGUAAUACCUACUAUAAAAAAAAGGUCAAGCUUUUAAGGAAACAAAAACAAAAUACUGAUAAAAAUGAC